AUGAAGUCCAUUGCUACUACAUUCUCUGUUAUCCUCCUCCUACUGUCUGUGGCGAUAUCAUUUGCUUCCGCCACUGCUGAUGGUACGGCUUAUAGAUUUGCUCCUGCUACAAAGCCUAAAAUGCCUUAUAAGGAAAUGCCCCAAACCAUUGCGAUUCAAGGCCUCAUAUAUUGCAAAUCCGGCUCAAAACAUGCCCCAAUUAAAGGAGCCACGGCGCGAGUAACUUGUUUGGCAAGAAACCCCAUUGGGCUCGAAUUAGCACCAUUUUCUGUCUCAAGCUGCCCAGCUGACGACAAGGGCUACUUUUUAGCCAAACUGUCCCCACCAUCAACAAACUACUUCAAGAAUGCUAAAUGGGAGUUGAAAGAAUGCAAGGCCUUCCUAGAGAAGUCACCAUUGAAGGACUGCAAGGUUCCGUUAGAUAUUAAUGGAGGGAUUAAGGGUGCUCAUAUUAUUUCUACUUCGUCCCAUCGCCUCCUCAAAAAUGAAAAUCUCUACUCGAUCAAACCCUUUUUCUACACAAGGGAUGGAGCUAAAUCAGUUUCAGACAACGAAGGAUAUUAA